AGAAUGCUUAAUUGCGGAUGCAAAGUUUCGUAAGGUUGAAGAGUGUUGUUGGUGGUGGAAAGAAAGAAAAAGAGAAAAAGAGACGUUAGUGAUAGCGGCAAUGAUAACAGGUACCCGCGAAAAAGCAAGAGGGGACGAUGGAGAUCAAAUGGAGGACAAUACCAAACGUGCGUCUACGAAUUAUAACCAUGAACCUUUUCGAGUAUUCCGCAUGUAUCGCAAAGUUGGAUGCGAAUCCUUUUGGAAUAUCCGCGCAGUUCUGAAAACGAAUUGUUUUUGUGCAACAGGGUUCGGAACGUGGACCAAAACAUUAUGCACCUACAAGAAAUUUGCAUCCGAGUCCGGAAUAGCAAUUUCCAAUAAAAUAUAUGCUGUCACAGAUUUGGUGCAUACAAUUCAAUAG